AUGGUAACAAGAACGCUGCAAUCCUUACAAAGGACAAAUCCUUGUAAACUUGAUGACUACAAAGACCUGAACCAAGGAGAUCGGUCGGAGACCUAUAAAGAUGCAACAGACAAGUGUGAUGGGAAUGACCUUCAGGACGAAUGGCAUUAUUGGUACUUAGUGUCUGGAAACGCAGGCAACGCCCUUGCCACGAUUAAAGCCCCUGCCAAGGGCAGGUGCGGCACCACGGAUCGUCUGUACUUAAAAGAUCACCAUCCUUUUCUUGGUGAAGGUGAGGUCACCUUGAGGUUGUGUAUAGCUGAAGGGAAUGAAAAAUGUCAACAAGAACGAUCGAUUCAAGUAAUAAACUGCGGUGCGUUCUACCUGUACAAGCUCUAUAACCAUGGAGGAUGUUCUACUCCCUGGCGCUAUUGUACGAACGGUGAAAAGACUGCUGUUUCUUGUGAAAAUGUCAAAUGUCCUAGUGGCCAAACAUGUGCACUGCAAAAGAACGGUGAAGAACGUCAUUGUCAAGAUCCCAAUCAAAUGCCAGAAACGACUACUGUGCCACCAGUAACAGAAACAUCAACGUCAACCCCAAAACCAGCAACAAAUGCAACAACAGCAUCACCAACCUCAGAAACAACAACAGGACAACCAACAAUGGAUACAACAACAGUAAAGCCAACAUCAGAUAAAACCACAGCACAACCAGCAGCAAACGUAACAACAGCGUCAUCAACCGCAGAAACAACAGCACAACCAACAACGGAUACAAUAACAGCAAAGCCAACAUCAGAUACAAUCACAGCACAACCAGCAACAAACGCAACAACAGCGUCACCGACCUCAGAAACAACAGCACAACCACCAACGGAUACAACAACAGCCAAGCCAACAUCAGAUACAACCAAAGCACAACCAGCAACAAACGCAACAACAGCGUCACCAACCUUACCAACAUCAGAUACAACCAAAGCACAACCAGCAACAAACGCAACAACAGCGUCACCAACCUCAGUAACAACAGCACAACCAACAACGGAUACAAUAACAGCAAAGCCAACAUCAGAUACAAUCACAGCACAACCAGCAACAAACGCAACAACAGCGUCACCGACCUCAGAAACAACAGCACAACCACCAACGGAUACAACAACAGCCAAGCCAACGUCAGAUACAACCAAAGCACAACCAGCAACAAACGCAACAACAGCGUCACCAACCUCAGUAAUAACAGCACAACCAGCAACGGAUACAACAACAGCAAAGCCAACAUUAGAUACAAACACAGCCAACACAACCACAACCACAACCAACACAAUCACAAAAAAGCCACCAACGACUUCAACCACAGAAAAACCAACAUCAGAUACAACAACAAUAACAUUAAAAUCAGCAGAAUCUAUACCAACACCAUCUUCAAAAUACUCAGUAUUAACAACAACGACAAAAGAACCAGAUACAGCCACCAAAACAUUACCAACAGCAACAGUAAAACCGAAGUCGUCUGAAGCAAUAUGGUUGAAAUCAUCAGCAGAGAGAGAGAUAACUGAGCUAGCUUCAGCAACAUUACAAGCAACAGCUACCACGUCCAAAAUAGAAAAGAUAACAACAUCAACAGCGGUAGAAGUAGUAGCAGAACCAGUAGCCACGGAAAUUUUAGCACCAACUGCUUCAUAUCAAACCGCAAACCUGAAUUCAAAAUUAUCGACAACAGAACCGAUAGCACACCUAGGGCCUGGAACAUCAUCAUUAGCGACAACCGAGGAAGGAAGAGCAACAGAACUAGCUGUAACAGCAGCAAUGUCGACGAUAACAUUGGAAGGACCAGCGGGUGUAACUUCAGCACCCUUACCGUCGCAAACAGCAGGCUUACAAGCACGAAAGUCAGUCGAAGCAGCUUCGUCAGAAUCAUCUUCAGCUACAGAAACAACCGAACAAGCAGUAGUAGUUGCACUGUCAACAAAAUCAAACUUAAAGCUGCCAUUAAUUGCAAGAUCAACAGCGUUGCCAUCAGUAUCAACGCUAGAAACAGGGAAAUCGAUAACAUCAACAGCAACGUUACCAAAAUCAACUUUAAAGCCACCAGCAAUUUUAGCAGCAGCAUCAUCGUCUUUAAUAAAAAUAACGUUAGACACGGUUACAAACAAGAGAAUCGACAGAAUCAACAUCCUCAGGAACUACAAAAGAACAGGAGGCAGUAUUAAUGAUAUCAACAAAUACGGAAUCCAAACUAACGCCUCCAACAAGAACAGCAACGUCGAGAGAGGCUACAGAAGAAAUGAAUACAGCUUUAGAAACAUUAUUUAA